AUGGAGGCGAAGAAGCUGCGAAAGGUCCUCAAUAUUGCCCUGGAGCGGUUGGACAAUGAGACGCGACGUGCCCAGGAAGCCGAACGCCGCGCCCUGGACCUCGCGCAACGCUUCAAGCUCGUGAACGACGCUCGCCUCACGACUCAGUCGGAGUUGGAUCGAUCCCACGCCGAGCUUCGGAUGUACAAGGUCCAGCUAGACAACGCGCAGCGCGAAAUACUUCGCGGUUCAGAUCUUCUGAAGGAUAUUGAGGCGCAGCGAGACAGCGCUGAAGCUUCUGCCGCAAGGGCGCGCUCCACCGCUCGCAGGCUCAAGGAGGAGCAGCUCAUGCUUAAGGCGCGCGAGGAGGGUCGGAAAGAGGGCUAUAGAGAAGGCUUACAGCGAGGAUAUCAACAAGCACGAGGCGCCGUGGACGCUCAGCAAAUCGACGCUCCUCCCGCUGGUCUCCAACCGUUCGGCAACGUAGGCGAUGAGCCCACUCGUAUGGACCCUUUGGACGCUCUCCCGAUGAUGAAUUUCGCCUCGCCCGCCGCACCGGGUAACAUGCCCUUAUCCUCUGCCUUCGGCACACAAUACCAAGAUGGAUCGGCGCUGCCGGUAGACAACGAUGCCUAUGGUGCCGGUGCGCAGGGCUCGCGUUUCCAUGAAAUUAUCGGUAGCCCUAGUGCCUCGACUCUUCGCUCGGCGCCUCUCAGCUCGGCGACCCGUCCAGGAGGUUCUUCGGGAUGGCCACAAACGACCGAAGAUGUGCGGUAUAUUCGUCCCACCCCGGUUCACAAUGCUCCCCCCUCGCCCCAUCACGUCGACUACACGAUACCUCCGGAUGGCUAUAUUCCCGCUAUGGGUCCGGACAACACUAUCCCCAUCCCACCACCGCACGAGUUGGAACGGCCUGCAUCGAUGUCGAGCAUGCGUCCUAGCGAAGCCUUCACAGCGGAUGAACAUCCCUCUCGUGCGCCGCCUGGGCCGAACGCUCGUGACUACGGGUUCCCUCAGCAGCCGCGGGCUUCUCCGCGUUCAUAUGCAGAGUCCCUCCCGUCGACUACAAUUUCCCAAUUCGACCUCGUGAACCCGGCUACUCGUGCUUUGCGCGACCGUAACUCUGGUCUCAGCGCUAUACCCGAAGUCUCCAGUUCGAUGGAGUUCAGCCCCAGCGCGGACGGGCGAGUGCGGAGUGGCAUCUACCCCGACUCAAACCACUAUGGCCCCAACGGGUCCACGAGUGAUCUUGGGAACGGUCCUCGCGUUUCCCGCUCGCGAAGCAGAGAUAUGAGUCAGAGGAUGGCGGACGAGCUGAGGUAUUCCGAUCCAGAAGAAAUGGAACAGUGGCGACGAUCCACCGCCAGUCAGGUACUGAACUUCUUUGACGUGCAGUGCUCGGUCAUGUGCUGA